AUGGCAAACGCGGUAGCUGACGCGUCAGAAGAAACGCGUGUUGCUCACCAACUAGACUCCAGCGAGCGCACAGAGGAUGUCAUUUCGGUGAACGACCUACUCCCCCAUACAAGUGAUCUUUCCUUCGCUGAUAUGGGUCUUUCGGUGGAUGUCCUGCAGGGCCUCCAGGCCGCCGGUUUCCGGCGUCCCUCGCCCGUUCAAGUAAAGGCCAUUCCUUUAGGGCGUCUUGGCGUUGACAUGAUUGUGCAGGCGAAAUCUGGAACGGGAAAAACCGUUGUUUUCGCAGUAAUAGCACUUGAGACGAUCGAGGUUAAUAAAAAUGCUAUUCAGGCCAUCGUCAUCUCUCCAACCCGUGAGGUCGCCCUCCAAUCGGCCAUCGUCAUUCGUCAGCUUGGUCAUUUCAUUGCUGGUCUCCAAGUUCAACUUUUUGUUGGCGGUAUUUCACUGUCGGAGGACGUGAAGCAUGUAAACCAUUGCCAUGUUGCAGUGGGAACACCAGGGAGGUUAAAGUAUCUCAUAAAUUCCGGCCAUAUUAACUGUGAGAACAUCCGCCUUUUGGUCCUGGAUGAAGCUGACCUUCUGUUCAGUGGUGGAGCCGGUCCUGACGUUACGGACGCCGAGUUGCUGGCUGGCAAAAACACCUUUCCCGCCUCCAUAAACUACAUCUGGUGGGCUCUACCGGAAUCCAAACAGGUGAUUGCGCUUUCGGCGACGUACACUGAUCACCUUGUGAAAAAUCACCUUCCUAGGUACUUGAGAUCGCCAGCAUUGGUGCGCCUCUCAUCAGACGACCCAUCCUUGCUGGGUGUUCGGCAGUUCUUUCAUAAGGUCCCAACAACAUCUGCAUCUCCUGCAGUUGUCUUUAAGACGAAGGUUAGGGAGUUGUUGCGGAUUAUAAAGGAGCUGGACUUUAAGCAGUGUCUUGUGUUUUCCAAUUUCCACAAUAGCGCAGAACAGUUGUGCGAGUUGCUUCGAAGUUCCGGGUGGCCCGUUACGUACAUCUCUAGUGGUCUUGACCAGAAGGAGCGCUUCAAGGCCUUCAACAGCCUCCGCGCUUUUCAAUGCAGAAUCCUUGUGUCUACCGACCUGACGUCGCGUGGAAUCGAUGCAGAGAAUGUUAACUUGGUGAUCAACCUUGAAGUGCCUUGGAAUCGGGAUGUGUAUCUGCACCGAAUCGGAAGAGCAGGCCGCUUUGGAAGCUACGGUGCAUCCAUUCUCCUGGUGGCUGACACUGCCGACGAAAUGAAACUGUUGUCACGAAUUGAGGAUCCGGAUUCAUCUCCGAUUCAUCAGCUCCCAGAACCACUCCCGGCCGACUUGGUUACCGCAGAUUGCGCGAUAGAUCUCUCCAAACUGGUUACUGUGACAAAAGUGAACGCUGAUUUGAAGAGUGAGCCUCCUGGUUCAAGCCAACCUGAAGUUCUCAAGCGUGUAACUAAGAGGCUUUCUGUUAGGAGAGAGUUCCCCUAUCGUUCAAACGACAGCGGUGGCACGCGCGUUGUCAAGGAACUCAAUCUGAUGGAGAGCCUUAGGUCGUAUACAGAGGCAAUAUUGAAUAUGUCGCCGAUACGAGCGCAGCUAUCCACAGACUUAGGCAGUCAAGAAGCCAUUGAGGCUUCGGAACUCUCGACUGAUAUAGAGAACAGGAUUCUCAAUCAAUUGCCCGGAUUUCUGGAGACUUCUCUAACCGCUUCCACAGAAGUACGCUCUUCGGAGCGUCCCAAGGCGAAAGAGUGUGAAUUCCACGAACGACACAACCACGGCGACGUCGCAGAUGCUGCUACCUCGACCGAAAAACCAUCUUUAAUCCUUUCUCCGCGACAGCAGGCCCUGUGGAACGAGUACUGUCGCCUAGUUGGUUGGAAAGAUUACUUCUAUCGAGAAUGGCAGAAAGCUACGCAAGAAUACGAAACAGUUUUGGCACAGUUGGAAGGGUUACAAAAUCAGACGGUGUAA